UCCGCACCCACCACUCGCAAAUCACAACCGGACUCCUGAGAGAGAGAGGGGGAGAGUGAGAAGCACGAGAGUCUUCCGCUUUCGCUCCGGCCAACAUCCGCAUGGCCACCACCGCCGCCGACGUACCUGACGACUUCAAAAAGUGGUGGGAGACAUUCAACAAUGGCGUCGCCGUCGACCAAGGGCAAGACGACGAUGAAGACGGGACGGACUCCGAUUCCGGUUUCGAGCAGGGGCAGCAGCAGGAGGAGGAGAAUGCGGGCGAGGAGACGGCGUCGGAGGCCCACGCGCCCGCCGGGAGGGAGGGCGCCGCCGGCGAUUGCGACGAGGAGGGGGUUUCUGAGGAUAGCCGUUUUCCGCGUGAAGGUGAGCUGCAGGGAAGGAACAUAGAAGGAGACGCCAAACUAAAUACACCACGGGCUUCUGAAGAUGAAGCCGAGCAUGUUUCUGAGGACAGCUAUGUUCAGAUUGGAGGCGGGCUGCAGGGAAUGAAGAGAACAGCAACCGCCGAACGAUACGAACCGCAGGCUACCGGAAAUGAGAUCCAGAACGAAGAAGGUCAAGACGAGCACGUUUCUGAGGACAACUACGUUAAGAUUGGAGGCUGGGAGCAAGGAAGGAAGAGAGAAGUAACUGCUAAACGAAACGAACUGCAGGCUACUGGAAUUGAGAUCCAGAACGAAGAAGGUCAAGACAAGUAUGUUUCUGUAGGCAACUACGUUCAGAUUGGAGGCUGGGAGCAAGGAAGGAAGAGGAAAGCAACCGUGACACCCAACGGAGUGCAACCGAUUGGAAUCGAGAUCCAGAACAAAACAAGUCAAGGUGAGUAUCUGAGAGCUGAGAAUCAGAGGCUGAGGCUGCAGCUUGUUCGCAAGACGAAAGAGCUCGAGGCUGAACAGAUUCAGAGGCUCGAACUGGAGUUGCAUUUCAAGACAGAGGAGAACAAGUCUUUGAAGAAGCAGAAUGAAGAGUUGAGAGCUGAAAAUGAGUACUACAGGAAGACGGCAAAGCCACAGAAAAAACGAAGGCUGUAAGGAAUAUGUACUCAAUCAUGACUACCGCAACUGCCCUGAGAGGCACGCUUCGACUUAUUCUGAGGAAAGAUGAAUGCGAUGGCUCCAACUAACAGCCAGUGAAAUUAUGUUGUGUUAAUACCUAGAUAGUAUGAUUUAGUUAGGUAGAUUCUGCUCACAUGGCAAUGCCUUUUGUUGCUUUAGUGAUGCUUUUACAGUUAUGCGAGCUGUAAUGGCCGCUAGUUAUUACUUAUCUUAGAAAUGGGCUUGCUGCAGAACAUUAAGGUGUCUACACUUGUUGAUCUGUUCAGUCUCCUCUGGUGUUUAUCUGAACGUAGGUGUAUUAUUCGUACUGAAUCUGUUCGGCAACGGCUGACUAGCAA